AUACAAUUGUGUAGUUGUACAACUACAUAACACCACCUCCAGCACCACUAAAGCCACAAGGCACUGCAAUUUCAGUCACACACGUUCAACCAAAGCAAACCAGAUUCCCUCUCGGAGAUCACAACACAAUGGGUUUGAAGGAGGAGUUUGAGGAGCAUGCUGAGAAAGCGAAGACCCUUCCAGAGUCAACAACUAAUGAGAACAAGCUCAUCCUCUAUGGAUUGUACAAGCAAGCCACUGUUGGAAAUGUUAACACCGCCCGUCCCGGUAUGUUCAACAUGAGGGACAGAGCAAAAUGGGAUGCAUGGAAGGCUGUUGAGGGAAAAUCCACGGAUGAAGCCAUGGGUGAUUAUAUUACAAAGGUGAAGCAGUUGCUGGAAGAAGCUUCUGCUUGAGGCUUCCUGUGGUGUUAUUGGCCUCUGUGUUUCUCAAUCUAGAUUUUUGAUUAAUCUGUAAUAAUCUCUCUAGUUCUUUGCAUUGGUACUCUGUUAUAUCUGAAGAGUCUGAAGUUGUAUGAAUGUCACAUCUAUGAGAUGCUUUCGACAUGGUUUUAGU